AAGUACCAAGCCGUCAACAUACUAGCGUAUGUUUCGCAGCCGGCCCACCACACACGUAUAUAUAUACCGGGGGAAAACGAGAUAUUUUGACCUGGGAAUGGACCGCGGAAUGCAGAGUUGUCGUUAGAGAAUCGAAUUUGCUGGACUAAACGCGGAGGAAUGAUUUAAAUUGGAUUUAAAACCAACGCAAACCCGUAGGUUCGGUCCAGCUCGGUACUGGUCUGCCUCUCGCCGUCGGUGGUGACUCACGGAGCUCGGGCCGUUGACGGAGCAUUGCUGACCGGUCGGAUAAAUCUACGGAAGGACCGACAGGAUUUCAGCAUGAAGUUCAAACCGAACCAGACGCGAACGUACGACCGGGAAGGAUUCAAGCGGCGGGCGGCGUGUCUGUGUUUCAAGAACGAACGGGAGGAUGAGGUCCUGUUGGUCAGCAGCAGUCGAAACCCGGAUCAGUGGAUUGUUCCUGGAGGAGGAAUGGAGCCGGAGGAGGAGCCGUGCGGAGCUGCCAUACGGGAGGUCUUUGAGGAGGCUGGAGUGAAGGGUAAAUUAGGACGUUUGCUUGGCGUGUUUGAGCAGAACCAGGACCGGAAACACCGGACGUACGUGUAUGUGCUGACGGUCACAGAGACGCUGGAUGCCUGGGAGGACUCGGUCAAUAUUGGCCGGAAGCGCGAGUGGUUUCCCAUCGACGAGGCCAUCAAGGUCCUGCAGAGCCACAAGCCUGUUCACGCCGAGUACCUGAGACGCCUGCGGAUCAGUCGCCCAUCCACCACCACCAACGGCAACCUGCUCCUGCCCCAGACAUCUCCCAGCACCCUCACACCGCUCUUCAGCGCUCCGGCGUCAGCCGCACGCAGAUAGGACACACACACACCCACAGUACAACACACACAUCAACACUCCUCUGUCUACAUGAACCACCCACACACAUCUCCAGGGCCUUUAUGACCCUCACAGCACCUCUUAGGCACCUUUGGGACGUUCUGUAGAGGGACAAACCAAAGUCGUGUGGGAUUUCCGGUGAAGAAUGCCUUAACCAUUUAUUUUUGAAGUCGGUUACUGUCGGCUGAUCGGUUUUAGUUGUAAUGGAAUAAUAAUUAUUGACCAGCUUUACAACCAGUUACAUGGAAGUGCACUUCCAUUAUUCCUCCAUCACUCUCACCCGCAGAGCUCGGCAUUCUGGGAUUGUGACGUAGGGAAUGUCAGUUUCAUUCCACGCGGCUUAUUCAGCAUUUGACCUCUCUGAAUUCAGUCCUUAGCGCUGUCGUGACCCCAGACCUCCCUUUAAGACUCAGACGAGCCCUUUAAAAGCCUCCUUCACUGCUGCUCCUGAACGGAUAACUGGAUUCCUGACAGCAUCAGAGAUUCCGAUCGAUGAGAUUUCUGGGAAUUAGUUGGUGAGCAGGAGGGUCGUAAUCUAAUUUUAUGCUUUGAUUAAAAAACAAACGUUUGUAAAUAUACUAAAUGACAAAUGAUGUAUGAUGGUUUUUAACUAUAAUGCAAAUGUAUUAAUCUUUUCUGCUUUUAACUCUUUCUAUGAGGUUUUUCUUUUCUUUUUCUCUUUUUUUGAUUUUGAAAAGAACAGAACUGUGAAUUUUGUCAGAGAAAAGAAAGAAAUGCUAACGGGUAAAUCUCAUGGAACUGGUCAAGAACAUGCACAGGUCAUAUUUCAGUACAAAAUAAUAUAUAUAUAUAUAUAUAUAUAUAUAUAUAUAUAUAUAUAUAUAUAUGAUUAAAGAUAAAGCAGCCUAUUUUCAAGACCGUUAGAAUUUUUAUGACACAUUUUCCUAUAUUGUUAUUACUAUAGUGCACAAAGAAUGAUGUAUUAUUUAAAUUAUAUUGUAUUUAUACAUUGUGGUAUUAUUUGUUUCACUUCCCUUAAUUCAUGCUUAUUUAAUUUAACAAAUAUUUUGUACUAUUGCAGUAAUUAAAAUCUAGUAAGUAUAACGAUUAAAAAUGCGAACUAAGAUCACAAAAUAAAUUUUAAAAAAUUAUGUGUGUGUGUGUAUGUAUAUAUUUAAAUAAGAUGAAAUAUAUAAAAAACAAAAUCAUUAAAAUAGGUUUCAUUUUCUUUAUGCAAAAUUUUUUUAUAGAUCACAAUAUAAAAAAAUCGAGAUGGUCAUUGAAAUAGGCUACGUAAAAAAAAAAAAAUUACAUUUAAAAAUAUAUAUACAUAUAUAUAUAUAUAUAUAUAUAUCAAAUGAAAUAUGAGCUGUAAAUGUUUCGUGAGAUGAACCCAAAUGAAUUUAUUGGCACCAGCAAAGCCUUGAAUAUCUGUCAGAUGUGAGGAUUGGGUGCCUUUUUCCUCUUUUAAAACUUUUAACUACACAUUGUACUGUCAUUGUUUUUUUUGUUUGAAACACUGAAUAUUUGUUGAUGGAUGCUGCUCUGGCUGUGCGUGGGCUGAUCUCAGAUCUGCUGUUAUCACACUGAACCCCAACACGUCACUCCAGCUCAUGUUUAGGUCUGCGUGUGCUGCGUAUGUGUUUUGAUUUGAUAUGUGAAAACAAACAAGUCGGUGCCAGUCGUUCAUUGGGAUUGAGCGGAUGUACAAAUAACACUUUCCUUUAGAUUACACUGAGAUGUGUCAACAGCAAAACUAAAUGUACGUUUCCUAAAACAUUUGGACUUUGUCCUUCAGUAAAACAACAAACAGGAGUGUUAUGGUGAAGUUAUUCGCCACACGAGAUGUACAGUCUAAUAUUUUGGGUUUUCGCAAUGAAUUCUGAUACUUUGUGAGGCGUGAACUGUAAACUGCAUUAGGCCUGAGGAGUGUUUUGGUAGAUUUACAGGUUUGUGAGUCAGACUAACUGUUACCUUACCUGUUCUGAGAUGCCAACGGGUCCACAGUUUCUGUAUGUUUACUGUAAUCUGUACAGAUGUUCAUAAUGGAUAUUUUUAUUUGUCAAUAAAGAUUGUAUCACAAGGAAGAAA